GGAACAAGGCAUCGUCACUCCUGCAACAUUCCAAAAGUUUAUUUGCGACAGGAUUAGAAAUGGAAUGAGACCUCAGCCGUCGCCAAAAUAUGCCGCAAUGCAAAAGACCAAAUGGAGUGCCAUAAGAAAGGCACAACUGCUGUGCACCGUGCUAAACCCUCUCCGUCGACCAAGUGCUCUUGAUCUAAUUGAAAGUGUGCCAUCAGCAGAAAGUCCUCCUCCAGCACCAUCUGAACCAUCUGUGAAAGAAUCGCGACAAAAGCCGACAAGUGUGCCAUCAGCAGAAAGUCCUCCUCCAGCACCAUCUGAACCAUCUGUGAAAGAAUCGCGACAAAAGCCGACAAGUGUGCCAUCAGCAGAAAGUCCUCCUCCAGCACCAUCUGAACCAUCUGUGAAAGAAUCGCGACAAAAGCCGACAAGUGUGCCAUCUGCAGAAAGUCCUCCUCCAGCACCAUUUGAACCAUCUGUGAAAGAAUCGCGACAAAAGCCGACAAGAAAUGUCUUUGAUCUAUUUGGAUAUCAAGCCAGCAGAGAAUGUUGGCCUACAGGGAACAAGCUUCAAGUGAAAACGAAUUACGACUUCAUACCCGGGGAUUUCCAUCAGGCCUCAGAGGAUGUAUUCAGUCAUGAUGCCGCUGGUUCCCAGUGCGCCACCAUCAGCGUGAUGGCCGUAAUAGCUUCAUACAUAAAGUCUCCGAAUGAUUGGACUACAAAUGACGUCAAUAAUAUUCUACUACAGGGUGAUCAAGCUCACACAAAAACCCUAGAGAAAUUGGGUUGGCCGUUCUUACGCAGAAAUUCUAAGUUGGAUUUAGAUGAACUUCCAGACACAUUAUAUUGUGGAAUGGAUGGAACUUCAGCUGAAGCAAGCAUCGGGCAUCGUGAUGAUGCCAUAUAUGGAUACGACAUCCGAACCUUAUUGCAAUCGGCAAUAUUACAAAGACCUGACGGUAGUUUCGUAAUAAGAUGCGGUGAUAAAUGUUGUGCAUUCCUGCACUGCCCGGAUGGAAAAUAUUGUCAUUUUGAUAGUCAUGCCUGCAAUUCAGAGGGCGUUCAAGAUCCACUAGGUGCAGCAUGUUUGUUACGUUUCAAGAAUGCUGAGGAAGCAAUCUCUCACAUAGAAGUCAUUGUUGCGGGCUGUGGGGCAGAUGGACAGUUUGAUAUCACACCCGUUUACGUGACCCUGCUUAAUGACACGCAUGAAACAGAUGUAAACGAGUGUCAUGGAGAUGUUUCUGUGUCCCUGAUGGAAGAAACACGUGUAACUGACUCAAAGAUUGAUGAUUCCUGCAGAAGAGACAGCAGUGGUGAUAACUUCCCAGGAUUUGCGCUACCCUCGCCCUUGGUAUACAAUGAAGAUGAAGAUUUACCCAUCUAUGAAUCAGGAAGGAAUACCAGAUACCCAGUCAGUGAGGCUGUAACAAUCUUGUUGUAUGGUAAAAAGUCAUGUUGUUCGAAGGUACCACUGAUGGUAAGGCACAAUUUAGCCUUUCUCAUUGAUGUUUCAAAACUUAGUGAUGUAAAUGAUGUAAAGUCUGACAUGAAUGGCACAUUGCCGCAUGUGCUUCGCAUUGCCAUAUGGACGAUACAGGUUACCGGGUCUGAAAAUUAACCUGUCAUC